AUGAAAACGCCAUCGCGACGGCCGCCUGUCACGGCGACGACGACGACGGCAUCAGGAGAACAGCCAAGUGCGCCGCCGUCCGAGAACCGUCCCUCGCCGCAGCACUACCACCCAUUUCUCGCACACCUCAAGACGGCAGCCAACUUCCUGCUCGGCCAAUGGAUGAUCAUCGGCAUCGGAGUCGUGUGCGUGCUGGCCUAUUUCUUCCCGCACGUCGCCGCGCACGGCGGCGUGAUCCGGUCCGAGUACAGCAUCCUGUACGGCGCCGUGGCCGUCAUCUUCCUCAUCUCGGGCCUGUCCAUCGCCGGCACCAAGCUGCUCGUGCACGCCGGCAACUGGCGCCUGCACUGCGUCGUGCAGGGCGCCUCCUUCGCCCUCUGCCCCGUCACCAUGUACGCCUUCGUGCAGGCCAUCGAUGCCGGCGAUACCGCGGGCCGCAUCGAUCGCACGGUGCUGGUGGGCUUUUUGCUGACGGCGUGCAUACCGACGACGAUUGCGUCGAACGUGGUGAUGACGAGGGCGGCCGACGGGGAUGAGGCGGCGGCGCUGGUCGAGGUGUUGUUGGGGAAUGUGUUUGGGCCCGUCAUAUCGCCUGCAUUUACGGUGGCGCUGCUGCCCAAGAGCGAGGCCUUUGAUAUGUGGAAGAAUGUGAGCGGGGAUCUAAACGAGAUGUAUAAGAACGUGUUCAAGUUGCUUGGGUUAAGCGUGUAUCUGCCGCUUGCGAUAGGGCAACUGGGUCGGGACGUUUUGUCUCUUGCUGUUGAUAUGACCCUCUCGACGGAAACCGUGGUCCUGAUUGUCUUCUUCAACAUGGGCGUCUACAUCUUUUGGACCAUCAUCUGCUUCGGCUGUGCGCGGGUCCCCGAGGCUUGGGCGCAUCACACGAAGGGCAUCGUACGGCGUUUCGACAAGCCAGAGGCCAUUGCCAUCUGCUUCUGCGGGCCGGCAAAGACAGCGGCGCUGGGCAUUCCGUUGGUGUACGCCAUGUGGACGAAGUUCCCGACCGAAGUCAAGGCCAGGAUUUCGAUUCCGGUCAUCUUGUACACCACGGAGCAGGUUUUCUGCGCGCAUUUCUUGGUGCAUGCAUUCAAGCGGUGGGCUCGGCGAGAAAAGAUGCGAGACGAGGGCGUCGAGGUAGAACAGGCGGGCGGGCCAGGAAUGGCAGCAGUGGCAGCAGCGGCAGCAGUGGCUUCGGCGACGAGAUAA